UGACAUCUUUUUUAGUGUUCUGGUCUAAAUUUUGGCAGAAAAGGUUAAAAAUUAGGGAACUUAAAUUAAUUAAUUAACCAAAGUUUUUAUACGAAAUUAAUUAGGAAAAAAAAAAAGAAAAAAGAAAUUUUCUGCAAUUCGAAAAAUCCCUUUUGGUGCGUCCAUGUCUUUCCGCCAUGGAAAUGAUGCCAUCUGUUAAUAACUCUUCAACCAUCAAUGUCCAUUGCACCUCUUCGUUUUUAGGGUUUUCCCUUUUUUUCCUAAAUUCUCUCUAUAAUAAACCCUUCUCGCCGUUUCGCCCUUAAAUUUCUCAAUUCACAAUUCGCAUUCAUCUUCUUGCUCAUCCGUUUUAAAGGUAAUUUACUUGAUCGGGAAGCUUGAAAUUGGUUCUAUUGUUUUGUUUCGAGCACAAAGUCUCGUACUUUUUUGGUUAGGGUUCAGUCAAUUAGAGUCAAAGGUUACAUUUUUGCUAGUAAUGGACGACGGGGAGCUUGAGUUUUCGAAUUCGAACAUGGUUGGUGAAUUAUUGCCUAGUAGCUGUUCAAUGGAUUCCUUCUUCGAUGAGCUUUUGAGGGAUUCUCAUGCUUGUACUCAUACUCACACUUGUAACCCUUCGGGACCAGAGAACAACACUCAUACACACACAUGUCUCCAUGUGCACACCAAGAUUCUACCUUCGCAGAGUGAGGACAAAGUCUCUACUGAUGACACAUCUGAAUCUUCAGGGAAGAAUAGCAAAAAGAGACCUUUGGGGAAUCGAGAAGCGGUUAGAAAGUAUAGGGAGAAGAAGAAGGCUAAAGCUGCUUCCUUGGAAGAUGAGGUUACGAGGCUUAGAGCUGUUAAUAAUCAGCUGAUGAAGAGGUUGCAAGGUCAAGCUGCAUUGGAAGCUGAGGUUACGAGGCUCAAGUGUUUGCUUGUGGAUAUAAGAGGAAGGAUUGACGGAGAGAUUGGUUCGUUUCCUUAUCAAAAACCUGCGGUUGCGAACGUGCCUUUCUCUUACAUGAUGCAUCCUUGCAAUAUGCAAUGUGAUGUUGACAACAUGUACUGCCUUCAAAAUGGGAACAAUGGAGAAGGUGCGUCGAUGAAUGAGCAGGGGCUAAAUGGUUGUGAGUUUGACCAACUACAAUGCUUGAAUAAUCAGAACUUAGCUGGCAAGGAGAUCCCUCUCUGUAGUAAUGGAGUCGGGACAUUUAAUGUCAAUGGAUCCAGCGCUAAUAAGAGAAAAGGUGGUCCUCGUGCAGCGAAAGCAGUUUGAAGUAUCAUUGAUCAUGGGAUACUAUCAAUCAUUUUCAUAUUGGCAGUUAAUUUUCUUCUAAUAAGUAGUAGAGUUCAACUGAAUCACCAGCUUCCUUCAAGGCCGUUUGUGCUAUUAUCCUAUUUUUUAAUCUCUUGUUUUUUCCUUAUGUAAUUGCAUUCCUUCAUUGAGCUCGUUGAAGCUAGAAAUAAGACUUGUUAAUAUUCAAUUCGAGUUUGCCAUUUGGUUUUGUACUUUAGUAGCUUCUGCUUUGUGGUUCUCUUUAAAGAUGUUGAUGUUGGAUUAAAAAGUUA